UGACGCCAUGUUGGAUCCAGGCCUUAGCAGAAAUUUUCACCUUCCUCUUUCGUUCGCCGUGCCCUUACACAAACACACGCGCACGGGGCCGUAUCCGAACACGCAGCGCUCGUGAGCGAUCGAGUGAAUGGUGAGACAGCAUCAAAACAAUCCGUGGGAGUGAAAGAGAUAGCAUGUACUCGAAAGAAAAAAAUCGACUGCUUGACAAAAAGUCUGUCAACGGGGAACCAUAGGCCACGCCUCCGAAUGGCUCUGGUCUUCGUUGUAGGUGGCCUUUUUGGUCAUGCUAUGGUCCGCCGGGUUAUUUGCCAUAAGGUCGCUGUUCCGGGGACCAGCGCCGGACUGCAGCAGGACCAGAGAUUUCCAUAGUGAGAAUUCUUCUCACCGUUCGCUGGGUGGUCAACCGGGAUUCGCCUGGCACACGUCAAAACAACUUGGUUAAAAUCAUGAGCACGAUGUUGGCUAACAGCGUGGGUAAUCUACGGCAUGGUUUAAUCGGAUCGCUGAAAAACAUAUUAUUGGGUCAGCAAUUCGCUGGGCUCAAGUUUUUUGCCCCACCGAUAACAUACGACAACAACGAAAUACCGGAUAAGCCUAAGCUGCGCUUCAUGGAUAAAGUGCCGCAGCUUCCUAGUAACUUGAGACCGCCAAAACUACAGAAAAAACUUAAAUGGAUGCGUGGACCUGAAGAGGUGCAUAAUAAACUUGUUCAUGGCCAGUUCGGAAUAGUGGCAACAGGCGGUGGGCGAUUGAGAUGGGGCCAUUUUGAAAUGCUACGUCUUACGAUUGGGCGUAAAAUGGACGUCAGUCGUAUGUUUGCCAUUUGGCGAGUUGAAGCACCUUGGCAACCAGUUACGAAAAAAGGACAAGGACAACGCAUGGGAGGAGGAAAAGGAGCAAUUGAUCAUUACGUAACUCCUGUCAAGAGUGGCCGCGUAAUUGUAGAACUUGCAGGAGAACUAGAGUUCAUAGAGGCAAAGCAAAUUUUAGAUAUUGUCUGUCCGAAAUUACCAUUCAAAGCUAUAGUCGUAUCGCAACAGACGUUAGAAUACACAGCAGCAACGACAGAUCGUUUGGAAGUUGAAAACCUAAACCCCUGGACGUUUAAGUAUGUUAUUCAAAAUAAUUUGGGUGGUUCCCACCGGUGGCUUUCGCCAGCAGAUCAUAAAUGGUUUGGAAAAUAUAUUUAAUAUCGACUAUUA